GAAAUGGUUGUUUUGAACACAUAAAUACGAAAAAUUUUCAAGCUUCCAGUUCUCAAACAAUAACUUUGUAUAUAAAGUGGUGAAAUUAAACGAUGCAGUUCUUGAGCAAUUUUUGUUUUAAAUAAACAGCUUUCAUUAAGAUUCUAAUAGGUUUUCUUAAUUAAGACACAUUGUGUUACUGUUAAAAAUAUUUAUCUAACUACUCCAAUCUGGUUACUCUGACAUUCAACACCUGGCGUCAUUAUAAACAACGUACAUACUAUUUUAACGUAAACAAAUAUCAUGACUGCUAUACAUUCAACAUACAACCCACACGUUCUUUCUCGUAAUAAUAGAAAUUGUUUUUGCUAUUGAAAUAAUUUCAGAUAAUUUAUAUUCCUUCAACAUUCGACUACAAAAUAACUACAAAUUGAUUUAUAAUCCUACUGAUUAACAUUGAAUGUUCCAUUAAUGGUGAAAGGAAGUUCGAUGAAAUUAUUUUUGAAUCGGUGGAUUAACAUUUGUUUUGAAUGUCGAAUGCAGCUAUUCACGAAUUGAAAUUCGUGAAUGUGGCUGCUGAGGCUUUCAUCUUCCAGAAGAUGUCACUGCUCGCGAAAGCUCAUAAGUUGGCAGUUCCGCAAGCUAGGGUUUUGCAAAAGCUACAAAUAAUUUUGGGUAGUGGCUUUGAGUAACAUCGUAACCUUACGACGCGGGACAGAUACGGGUUAUUAUAUGUUAUUAAUGAUUUACCGGGGUUUUUGAAAUAAUCCGUAUUCGAUCGCUGUCGGUUCGUCGUGUAGAUUAGUGUGAGUGGUUAACGUGUUUGUCUGGUUGUUUGCUUGGGCCGGUUUGUUGUUACAUCUUCGUUAACAGGAAGUUAAUCUAACAAUGGGAAACGUUCACACCUGUGGCCCAAACGAAGCUCUCGUUGUAUCAGGAGGAUGUUGCGGAUCGAUGAAAAAGAGGACCAUCGUCGGAGGCUACGCCUUCACGUGGUGGUUCGUCACCGACGUUCAACGGCUCUCUCUGGAGGUGAUGACGCUGAAUCCCGUUUGCGAGAACGUGGAGACAGCCCUUGGGGUGCCUUUAACCGUCACCGGGGUAGCUCAAUGCAAGAUCAUGAAGGCUGACGAAUUAUUGCACACUGCCAGCGAACAAUUUCUCGGGAAGAGCGUGCACGAAAUCAAAUCGACGAUCCUCUCUACCUUGGAGGGCCAUCUUCGCGCGAUAUUAGGCACGCUCUCGGUGGAGGAGAUAUACAAGGAUCGAGAUCAGUUCGCGACGCUCGUAAGGGAGGUCGCCGCGCCGGACGUCGGUCGCAUGGGCAUCGAGAUCCUGUCGUUUACGAUAAAGGAUGUCUACGACGACGUUCAAUACUUGGCGUCGCUUGGCAAGGCUCAGACCGCCGCUGUUAAACGGGACGCCGACGUUGGCGUCGCGGAGGCGAACCGCGACGCUGGCAUUCGGGAAGCAGAGUGCGAGAAAGCAGCGAUGGACAUAAAGUACAACACCGACACAAAGAUCGAAGACAACGCCAGACUCUUCCAGCUGCAGAAGGCUAACUUCGAUCAGGAAGUCAACACGGCUAAAGCCGAGGCUCAGUUGGCCUACGAGCUCCAAGCGGCGAAGAUAAGACAACGGAUACGAAACGAAGAAAUUCAGAUAGAAGUCGUGGAAAGGCGCAAGCAGAUCGAGGUGGAGGAGCAGGAAGUCCGUCGAAAGGAACACGAGCUCCAGAGCACCGUGCGGCUUCCGGCUGAGGCCGAGCAUUACAAAAUCGGCAGAGUGGCCGAAGGAAAAAGGACACAGACGGUGAAUGCGGCUACGGCAGAAGCUGAGAAGAUUCGAUUGAUCGGAGAAGCUGAGGCUCAAGCUCUGGAGGCGAUAGGAAUAUCGGAAGCUGAGCGUAUGCGAAUGAAGGCUGCUGUGUACAAGAAGUACGGCGAGGCAGCCAUUCUGAAUAUCGCUCUGAACGCUCUGCCAAAGAUUGCUGCGGAGGUUGCAGCACCAUUGGCCAGAACGGAGGAGAUUGUUCUUCUGGGUGGAAACGACACGACCAGCGGAGAAAUUACCCGCCUUGUGGGGCAAGUACCUCCAGCUGUUCAAGCACUGACCGGUGUAGAUCUGUCAAAAGUGUUAGGGAAAAUACCAGGGGCGAAGUAAUGUCGAAUGCAGCGACAGGUAGAACGACCAGGCGAUCGGACAUUCGGAAUCAGCUGAAGAAAGGAGCAAAAACUCUAUACUGCCAAAGGUUUCUCUGCUAUUCUAUUAUCCACCGGUGACACUCCAACUUUUUUCUCUUUCCCGAAUUACUCUACCUCAAACGUAGAUGAAGCGAAGCUGAACACAACCGGUCAGAUCGGUCGUGGCUCCGCCAAGAGCGCGUCGUUUUAAAUGUCGAUACGGUUGAACGAUUGCUCGUCCCACGCGGUCACGUAAAGCGCACAUUGUCAAGUUGAUCCUUAUUAUCGUCGUCCGUGCACGACGGUUUCCAACGAGUUCGAUUCCUGCGUGCAUCAAAGCGACUGGUAAUUUGAUUCACGAGGACUUCCGGAGGCGUCGACAUGGCCAUACUAACGCAGAAAGAUUCUCGUUGAACCAACCAAGUUAGACUCUGCUAGACAUGGUCAGUGCCUGGAUCAUAUCAAUUUUAUUGAUAGAAUCAUUGGUACCUACCUGAAACUCUAGAUCAGUGAUUGUUAACCUUUGCAGGCUUGCCAUAUAUUUUACAAGAAGAUUCUUGGCAUUUCUUAUAAUUAUAGUAAUAAAUCUUCAAUUGUAACAGUAUACGUUCGAUGAAGGAAGAAAUUUAAUCCGAAAUAAGUAUCAGUUUUGACAAGACAUAUUUAACCUGAUUUCCUGAUUGAAGAUCUAAUAAAUACAUUUAACAACCUUGCAGGAUCCCACUUAUCGCUUACUUUAACUAUUCCUUAAUUCGUGAGAUGUAUAAAUAAAAAUAACUACAAGAAAUAAUUUCCUUUGUAAAAUAAAAUGUUCAGGUUUGAUGCUUCUUUCGGAUGAAAUUUUCCAUUAAGUUAUAGUAACAAUUUCAAGAACUAUAAUACAAUAAAAAUUCAUCAGAUUUGUUGGUUAAACACGGUGGUUAGGAAUCACUGUUCUAGAUCAGUAUUGGUUGAUGCUAGUUAAGAACAACAGAACAUAACCUCUGGGGUUUUCAUCGAAGCUUUCGUCAGCAAUUGAACUUUAAACGGCGCAGCCGGGACGCGAUCGCAAUUGGAAGGAAAAAUGAAGGAGAACGAACAACACGAAGACAAGCGAAUCGUGGCCACCAGCGAAUUAGAAAUAAAUUUAACACGUUGACUGUCAUGCGCAGGGAGAAUAAAUAAAAAUGAAAGUGGCAACACAUGGAAAUAUGAUACUCUUGGAAAGCUAAUAGAAGUGUAUAAGAUAAUUUAUUGAAACGAAUGGUAGUAUGAGCAACUCAUAAUGGUACAGAGGGUUCAUCCAAAAAGGCCACUGCUCAUUAAACCGCUCUGUAAGAACUCACGCAGCAGAAAAACUUAGAAAUUUUUCGCUCUCAAACAUGGCUACCAUUCCUGGUAGCAGUAGCUGCAGAGUGCGGUCGCCAUCUUGGGAAACUAAACAUUCUUAAGUUCACCCUGUGAGUUUUCACAAAGCGACUUGAUAAGCGAUACCUGUCUGGAAGCAUCCAAAGCCUAACCCCUAAUAUACAUCAACUCCCAUUAAUCCUUUGCGGAUGAUCAACCAGGUGACCGCGUACAGUAAACAUCUCUUAAGCCGUCGACUGACUUGCAAUAGAACAUUGUAAUGUAACGCGAGCAUUCGCUUAGUUUGACGAACUAGCGAGCGACGAACCGAGCCGUUCUUGCGCUCGGUUCGCGCUCGAUCGUGCUCCACUGGUCUGUCGAUUUUUUUGACGAACCUCUUUGAUCGUCUACUUUUCACUGAACUGAGUAGGAAGCAUUGAGAGAGAAUUCAGCCGAGAGUUCGAAGCGAACAUUCGUGAUUCCAAAAAGGACCUUGUAGUGUAACGUUGGUGUCGAACCGUAAAAUUCGUGCCGAGCAGUUACAUUACAGCGUUCUGUUGCAAGUCAGUCGCCGGCUUUAUCAUUCAAUGUGUCUGUACCCAACGUGUUGAAGCAUCUUCCGCAUACAGCGUGUCCUGCUUCAAAGUGACCGUCCCUAAAGGAUUACAGGUUUAAAUAUUUAUUGACGAAAUAAGUUAUCUUGUAGCUAAACCAUCGCGACAGUCACCGUAUUAAAACUCGUGGUAGCGCGGUUCAGGCGGAAAUCGAAUUACAUAGGCGAAUGUACGCCUUUGCAUUCGCAUAAAUCUAUUGUGAUUGAAAUUUUCGAUCAUUGUGUUCAACGUAACAUAAGUAAAUUUAACAAAGGGGAGAAGAGAGUAAACGUUCGUGCGGAGUAGGCGACGUGGAAGUCAACUGUCCGUAGUCGUUGUACAUACCCAUAGUUACGUGUGUAUAAUAGCAACUGAGGUUUUUGCCUUGCUUAGAACGAGACGCGACGAAGGAACGUGUUCAGAAGAACGACUCUAGUGCUGAUUUGCAGCGUUCCUUAAGCUCCAAAAUGUUUAUUUACACACGUGAACGCUCGGAUUCGGUACAAUUAUAAUAGAAUGGUACAGGUUUAAAAAAAAAAGUAUAUUAUAAUUCACAAAAUAAAAUUUAAAAAGGAACAAUGAAUUUAGAGAACUUGAUAUACAGUCUGUAUUAUACGGUACUUGAUAUCACCUUGCAAUAUUAAUCGAUACUGUUUCAAACUGACCUAAACUUAAGGACAUACAAUGCAAAUGAGCACAAGUUUCCUCGUUCAUCGUGUUAACACUCGAAAUUCUCUCGGUUGACCACGCAUCGGAAUCAAUCGCAUUACCAACAAACUAUGUAAUAUUCCAAACCGAAGAAAGUGCCAAUUUGUAAAUACAGUAUCUCCUUGCCACUGUAGCAGAAGAAUAAUGAUAUUUAUAUUGCGUAACGAGCAUUCUGUUGCAUUGCACAUUUUUAUUCUGUUCGCAAUAGUGCUUGCAUCAAGCAGGUCUCAAGAUACAUAUAAUUUUUUCCAAAGAAUAUUCGAGACAGACACCCUGCUAAUAAUGGAUAUCGGAGGAUUGCAGAGUACAAAUUCCAUUAAUGUCCUGCACCAAUAUAUAUUUUGUGCUCGAGAUAUAUAGUUAGAGUGAAAAGGGCUUUGUUUGGAAUGGUUUGAAAACUUUCAUCGUUUCCAUUAGUUCGUUAAAUGAUAUUUUUAUACAUAUAAUUUAUUUUUAUACAGAUUAUAUUUAUUUUAUAUCAGUAGGGAAGCUUUGCAAAUGUACAAGAAAUCGAUAUCAAAACUUUGGAGCCUCAAAAAAAAAAAACAUCAAUCUAUUUUAAAUGUUUUGAAAUUAAUUAAUGCUUUUACAACUACAAAGUUUGGUCUUUCAAUUUGACAAAAAAAUCUUCCAAUGAUUGACAAACAUAUUUAGAUGAAUUUUUGUAGUGUUAUAUACAAAUAAUGAAUAAUAAUAAGUAAAAUAAAAUUGAAUCUCUCGAAGAAGCUUUAAUUGCGCCACUUUUACGUUGGCCUUACUUUUUUUUUUAUUGAAGAAUGCGCGUAUAAUUAUAAAUGUAGUAAUUCUUGUUUACUAUUUACCUUCCUUUUAUAUGCAUUCCUUUUAUUAAAUUUGUAUUACUGAUCAAAUGUAUCUUCCGCAUGAUACAAUACAGAGUAAAUAUUAUACACAAGAUAUAAGUAGAAAUGAGCAGUACGUAUGUAAUAUGCACACCAAAGGACAUUUUUAUAAGUGCAGAAUAGUUAUGGUUUACAAGUGUGAAUCUGUAACAAUCAUAUAUACACAAAGAAAUUAGAAAAAAAAUAAUUGUACAAAAAAGUUAUCAUUUCGUUGAAAGUAUAGCGUGUAAGGUUUUCCCAAAUUUUGUUAAAUUUUAUUUAUUUAAAUAUUUAUAUUAGCAACGGAAAGUUUUCAAUCCAAUGCAAGCAGUAGCGAACUAUUUUUCCCAAGUAAACUGUCACGGAUAUCUAAACACUAGAAAAGGGAAGUACAAGAAUGUCAGCUGUUAAAGAAAAGUCUUCCCCCCCCCCCUCCAAAUAAAAAAAAGAGAAAAAAGGAUGGAAAAAGUAAAAGCAUAGUUCAUUUAGAACAGUACAAACGAGAUAAUGACAGAGAACUAAUUUCAAAGUGAAA